AUGGCCACCACCUGCACCGACGAUAUCAACGCUGUGGACAUCACUGACGCAAUGAUUUUCCGCGACAAGUAUACCACGCGGUGCAAGGCACGCGUUUUGGUUGGUAUGCUGAGGGAAGGGGAUAGGGACGGGAAUCUAUGGAACUAUAGUCCCUUGGUGCUGCAACACCUGUCCGGUUACUACUAUGAUAGAAUGCUGCUCGGGACAGCACCGGCAGCGUACCUGAAAUGGAUCUUCGUGCUCGGGAAUUUGUUGCUGGACCCUAUUAAUUCUCCGUCUGCCGUACGCGAGUUCAUAGGAGCGUACGAGCGGUUUGAGCCAGGCAAGAUCAACGAGAGCGCGCCCGGCUCCGGUGUCAUGCACCCAAGGCAUAUUUUUGUUCAUCGCGAGUUGACGCUCCCGUGGCGAAUUCCGGAGGUGGAGAUGAACCAGUCUGGGGCGCUUUGGGGCGUCACCGACGGAAACCCUUGGUUCCGCUCAUGGUUGAAUCGAAAGUCCGAGGCACAAGAGCUUCUGUCGUAUGCGUUACGGCCGGAGACAGUCCAGGAAUUUGUUCAGGAUAGUAUCCUCAACUACCAUAUGACUAACUUCCAUCGUCUGCGACGAACAUGCGGUGUGAAUUGCCGCCUCUACCUUCAGCACGUGAUGGGAUUGGCGUUUCUGACCACUGACGAGUAUGAUAGAAAGUCGGAAGCUAUAUUGAAAUCCGGUUUUGCAAACUUGUACUUCCGCUGGGGCGGACGCAGCAUCGACCCAAACGAGGCAUUGGUGCCUUUAGUGACCGAUAACUUCAGCAUCAUUCCCAUCACGUUGGACAUGAUUUGGGAUCGGAAUGGCGAAGGAGAAGGAGAACCGCACCUGGGACUUGUUCGCACUGUGCCAGGUCCUGGGGAAACUAUUCGUAAUUUCUUCACGAUUCAUAGUAGUCGGGGGACGGAGCCGUAG